AUCAUCUGUAGCGCCGAUAGGCGAGCAAGACGACAGAAUCGUCCGUUUCAAAUUUGUGUACUUCUAAUAUUGUGGCUUACUGCACUUCACUUUUGAUCAUUUUGUGUGUAAUCAAAAUUUGAGCUCGAGUUUUAUCAUAUACAAAAAAAAAAAAAAAAAAAAAACAGUUUCGACCGUACACCAUUCGAUCAAUUUCCACAUAACCGCCAUUGUUUCCGGUGAAUCAAAACCAUGGCUCUUUCUCCACCAGGAUUUGUGGUUAUGAAGCUCAACGAAUCAUCACGAAGAAACGAGUUACCGAAGCAAUUAAUGAUCAACUUCAAACCAGUAUUCAACUACAAGCUUUCUAUUCUUCUACACUCCAGAAACCCUAGCAGUUCACGCAACACUCUGCAUGUAUACAAGUUCAAAUCAUCUAAAUCGGAUAACCUAGGAAGCAUGUCGACUGUUACAGCGGUCUUCGAUUCAAAACCUGAUAGAGAAAAUGACGGUGGAGAUGACGGUAACGGAAAGUUUCCCCCUGGUAACGGCGGCGGCGGUGGCGGCGGAAACGGUGGUGGUGGCGGUGAUGAAGAUGAUCAUGACGAGAAGGAGUUUGGACCGUUGAUGAAGUUUGAGGAAGUCAUGAAGGUUGCUGAAUCGAACGGUGUUAGUCUUCCUGAAGAUAUGCUGGAGGCUGCUAAAGCUACUGGACUUCGAAAACUUGUUCUUACACGCUAUUUAGACUUACAGAAAUCAGGUUGGGUUUUAAGUUUCUUGACUAGAAAUUUUGCGAUGCUGCGUAAUCGAUUGCUUGCGGAUCCAUCGUUUUUGUUUAAAGUUGGGACCGAGAUAGUGAUUGAUUCUUGUUGUGCGACGUUUGCCGAAGUGCAAAAAAGAGGGAAAGAUUUUUGGAAUGAGUUUGAGUUGUAUGCGGCGGAUCUUUUGGUGGGUAUAGUGGUUGAUGUUGCUUUGGUUGGUAUGUUGGCGCCGUAUGCGCGUAUUGGAAAGCAGUCGGUAGCUAGUGGUGGUUUGUUUAGUGGUUUGAAGAACUCUGUUGCAGCUCUUCCAAGCAGUGUGUUUGAGUUUGAGAGACCGGGGUGUAGUUUUUCAGUACAGCAACGGCUCGCAACAUACUUUUACAAGGGUCUUCUGUAUGGUUCGGUUGGAUUUGGUUGCGGUCUUAUUGGGCAAGGGAUUGCGAAUAUGAUCAUGAAUGCCAAACGGAGAAUGCAUACGUCAGAAGGUGAUGUUAAGGUGCCUCCUUUGGUGCAAAGUGCAGUUCUUUGGGGUGUUUUCCUUGCGGUUUCUUCAAAUACGCGUUACCAAAUCAUCAAUGGGAUGGAAAGCUUGGUGGAAGCUUCUCCUUUGGCGAAACAGGUCCCUGUAGUAGCAAUGGCGUUUACAGUUGGGGUGCGUUUCGCAAAUAACAUCUAUGGUGGGAUGCAGUUUGUAGACUGGGCUAGAUGGAGCGGGGUACAGUAAUUACUAAUCCUAAUCACACUCCCGAAGUAUUUCUGUUUGUUUUUAUAUGUAGAAUUUGGAUCUUCUCGGUAUUGUCCAUGGCCUUGUGGUCUAGUGACAUUGGUGAUCGUCUCCCACGAAAGUGACGUGGGUUCAAAUACCUGCGACUGCAGGUUGAUUAGUUGGUGUUUGGCAGUAAAAAAAUGUUCGCAAAAAAACUAUCAUCACAUCGGUAUUUACUUAAUUGAUACCAACCCUAUAGAUAAA